AUGCAGACCAUUGUCUCGUUGCCGCGUCACAGGUCUGUACGAUGUGGCAACGAGCUAUUGGUCUCCAGUUAUUGGCCCACAGGUUGCGACAUCACAGUGACUGCUAAAAGAGCCAGGCGUGAUACAGAUCACGAGGAACUUCGCAGUUCAGCUACGUCAUCACCCGAGCGUGGAGCCGAUUCGCCGAGGAGUGUUUCGGUUAAAGAUCAUGAUUCACCCCAGACUCGCUCCCCGACUCCUCAGGGAGGAGAAUAUUCUCCAAAGUACAUCCGUGAGUCCAGUUUCACCUACCGGACGCCCCCGUCGAUGGCCAACGACCACAGACUGACCCCUCCCGCUGCUACAAAGCCGGAGCUGUUUAGCCCAGCGUUAGCGCUGGAAGAGGCGAUGCUGGGCUCGCGGGACACCGGAAGCAAGAGAUCUUCACUUGACAUGCUGUGUCGGGUAUUCCCGCACAUGAAGAGAGGAGUCUUGCAGCUUAUUCUUCAAGGCUGCAACAAUGAUAUGGUCCAGGCGAUCGAGCAGGUCCUCAAUAACCCCAACACUUUGCUUGGAAGCGAGGCUCAGCCUUCGAACUCCGGAACCACACCGCACGCACCUCUUAGCGGCAUCGGCAUGGGCGUCGCUCUGAACGCGCUUGCGGCGGGACAGGUGGGUUUGACCAGCAACGGAUUCUUUCCACAGACAUACCUUCCCCCUUCGCUAGGAUCGUCCAGCUUCAAGUCAGCCUUCUCCCCCAUCAGCACGCCGCCCACGGCGCACCUCAACUCGGUGAGAUACACUUACGGCGCCGCCCCUGUCUCGCGGGCCAGCAACAUGGCGUCGGCGGCGGCUCUUGCGUUGCCUUACCCUCCUCUUCUGCCCAGUUUUACCCUCAGCUCCACUUACGGCUACGGGGCGCUGAGCGGGGCGAACAAAGCUCUGCACUACGCCAUCGGGUGUUCCUGCUGCCCUUCCAAGUCGUACUCGAGUCAAGGAGGUGAGAAAACUGCUGGCUGCAUCGGCGACUAG